AUGAUGCAGCAGGAGCAGCAGCGGCAGGAGCAGCAGGAGCAGUGGCCCAGCGUAAAACUAAAAGUGCUUUGUUUGCAUGGAUAUCAACAGAAUGCAGAAAUAUUCCGCGAAAAAUCGGGCAGCUUUCGUAGUUCGCUGAAAAAAUAUUUCGAUUUUGGUAAGCGGUUGCAUGUUGUAACUUUCUUUUUGGCUCUUCAUUUUUAUAGCACUCUUUGUUUGCCGUGA